CUAAAUCCAUAGUAGAUUAAACAAUUUGACCUAUUUCCUCUGCAACACAACCCUUUCUUCUUAGCAAUGCCAAUAAUGGCUGCUACUGAAGAGAACAAUUCUACACCCACUUUUACCAGAAAUUUUCCAGAUGAAAAAGAAUCAUCAUUUUCAUCACCAAAUCCAGAUGCACUGGCGUCCAGGGGAAGUGUUUUAGUAAAUGGAGCUGAAUUAGAGCUAGCCCUGUCGCCGGAGCCACAAGAAAGCGCGUCAGGUACACGCGCCACCAGUAAAUAUGGUACAAGGAGAGAAUUGAAGGCCUUGCUGACGCUGGAGAGUAAUGGUUCAGUGAAUGUAGGUGAAAAGUCCCGAGGAUCUCGGAGAAAAGAUACUGUUUCAGCUGAAUCGCCAAAAACAUCGGAGAAACUUUUGGCGGAGAGUAAUUCGGUGGGAGAGAGGACUUUAAGGUCAAGAAAAAUAGAAGGUUUUGUUAAUAAUGAUAGUAAUAAUAAAGGAUCUGAUAAAAAGAGGAAAAAUUCAUCAGAUUCAGUGGGAAAAAAUGGGAGGAAACAGAAAAGCAAUGUCUGUUUUAUUGGCGAGCCAAUAGCUGCAGAGGAAGCUCAAGAGAGGUGGCAAUGGCGUUACGACUUGAAGGGUCGAAAAACGAAGCGUCAAGCUGGGAAAUUAAACGCUGGUGAAGAAGAUGAAAUCAUAUUAAAUGUGGAAUGCCAUUAUGCUCAAGCUAAGGUUGCUGGUUUCACUUUCAAUAUCGGAGAUUGUGCAUAUGUGAAGGGUGAAGGUAAGAAAAACCAUAUUGGCAGGAUCUUGGAGUUUUUCAAGACAACAGAGGGUGAAGAUUAUUUCAGGGUACAAUGGUUUUUCAGAGCUGAAGAUACGGUGUUGAAAGGUGCUGCUUCUUUCCAUGACACAAAGCGCAUAUUCUACUCUACUUUAGAGAAUGAUAAUCCACUAGACUGCAUUGUUUCUAAAGUCAAUGUGGUGGAAUUACCAGCCAGCAAUGGUUUGAAUACAAAGGAUGUUCCACCUGCUCACUUUUAUUACGACAUGGAAUACUGUGUUGACUAUUCCACAUUCCGUACAUUGGAUAAUGUCAAGAGCUUGGUUAUCCCUUCGUUAGUUGAUGCUUCAUAUAAGCCUAUCACUACAUAUCCUCUGGAGGUAUUGCCAAGUUGUGAACCUAUGACAGCGAAGUUGUCAUUAUUGGAUCUAUACGCUGGUUGUGGUGGCAUGUCUAUGGGGUUGUGCCUUGGUACCAAACUCUCUGGUCUUAAACUUGUGACGAAAUGGGCAGUUGAUUUUAAUAGGUCUGCCUGUGAUAGCCUGAAACUGAAUCAUCCUCAGACACAUGUUAGGAAUGAAGCUGUUGAGGAUUUUCUAGAGCUACUGAAAAGAUGGGAGAAGCUAAUUAAAACUUAUGGCUGUAGUAACUUCAAAACAAGCUCAAAUUGUGAGCUAGACGAUGCAGAUGAAGGUGAAAACAAUGAUAAUUUCCAGGCUGGUUCUAAGGCAUCUUCUGGAGAAUACGAGGUAUUAAGAUUGGUUGACGUAUGUUACGGGGAUCCGAACAACAAAGGAAAAUCUGGACUGCAUUUUAAGGUGCGGUGGAAAGGUUAUGGUCCAAGUGAAGAUACUUGGGAGCCAAUUGAGAACUUGGAAAAUUGCCAAGACAGCAUAAAAGAAUUUGUUAGAAGGGGGCAACAAUUGAAAAUUCUGCCUCUACCAGGUGAUGUUGAUAUGAUAUGUGGGGGUCCUCCUUGCCAGGGCAUUAGUGGAUACAAUCGCCACAGAAAUGUUGACGACCCAUUGUCUGAUGAGAAAAAUCGUCAAAUUAUUAUUUUUAUGGAUGUCGUGGAAUUCUUACGGCCUAAAUAUGUGUUGAUGGAAAAUGUGGCUGACAUACUGAGGUUUGAUAAAGCAUCUCUUGGAAGAUAUGCUUUAAGUCGUUUGGUACAUAUGAGAUACCAAGCAAGAUUGGGAACUAUGGCAGCUGGUUGUUAUGGUCUCCCACAAUUUCGAUUGCGAGUUUUCUUUUGGGGUGCACUUCCGAGUGAGAAAUUGCCCCCAUUUCCACUUCCUUCACACGACGUGAUUGUUAAAUAUUGGCCCUCGCCUGAAUUUGAGCGGAAUACUGUUGCUUAUGAUGAAGGACAACCACGCGGUGACCUUGAGGAAGCCCUUGUUCUUCGUGAUGCUAUAUCUGAUCUUCCAGCUGUUACAUGGCAUGAAACUCGUGAAGAAAUGCCAUAUGAGAUGCCCGCGGAAUCGGAGUUCCAGAAAUACAUAAGAUUACCUAAACAUGAGAUAGUGGGGUGUUCAUCAACUAGAGAUACGGAAACAAAAGGUCCUGUUUUGUCUGAUCAUCGGCCUUGCCAACUUACAGAAGACGAUUACUUAAGAGUUUGUCUAGUCCCACAUAAAAAGGGAGCGAACUUCAGGGACCUCCCUGGUGUAAUUGUGGGAAAGGAUAAUGUGGCUCGUCGUGAUACAGAAGAUCCAAAGGUGCUACCAAAUGGAAAGCCCAUGGUUCCUGAUUGUGCCUUCAAUUUUGAACAUGGAAAGUCUAAAAGGCCAUAUGCAAGAUUGUGGUGGGAUGAAACAGUGGCAACUUUAGUGACAUUUCCUAAUCAUCGUGCCCAGGCGGUCUUACACCCAGAGCAGGAUCGUGUUCUUACUAUACGAGAGUAUGCAAGAUUGCAAGGUUUUCCAGAUUUCUAUAGGUUUUCUGGCACUCCCAAGGAAAGAUAUUGCCAAGUUGGGAAUGCUGUAGCAGUUCCUGUUGGGCGAGCGCUCGGGUAUGCACUUGGACUUGCCUUCCAGAGGCUAACUGGAGAUGAGCCUCUUAUUAAAUUGCCACCAAAUUUCUCAUUCUUAAAGCCUCCAAUUGAUGACAUUGUUGUCUUGCAAAAUUGAGUGCACAUUCAUCAUAUUCUUUCUUCAUUCGCGAAUUCAGAGCUACUAUUGAUCCAUGAGCAAAUCAUUCUAUUACUUGUAAUUUGAACUGUCAUUCAUCGGAGUGAAUACAAAUAGCUGGUCCCAACUAGAAUGGGAUUGGGAUUAGACUCUUAGUUGAUUGACUGAUUAUUGAUCAAUGAACUACCAAAACCUCUUUAUAUGAUCGUGUUUUCUUAUCUUUA